AGCUUUGUUUUCAUCUGUUAGUCGUGUGACGUGCAUGAGCUAAACGAGGAGUGAACUAAAAUUAAUUAAUUUUAGUCACUAUCACCUCAUUGUUUUUGCCUUUCCGACAUCAAUAUUGGGUAACUUCAGUUCAGUCGUGCUACUUAGAUUAGUCUUGUGAUUGAAUAUGACAGACUUUGUGUUAUUUGAUGGCGGCUAUGAAACUCAGUUGAGGAAAUACGUGGGCUCUGGCUUCGAGGGUCAUCCCCUCUGGGUCUCCCGCUACCUGACGGAGAAUCCGGAAGCAUGUCGUAAAGUGUUUCAAGACUUCAUACAAUGUGGAUCGGAAAUGAUUCUUACGAAUACGUACCAAGCCACGAUAGAUGGUUUCAAGAAACACUUGGGUUUAGAUCGAAAAGAGACCCUGGAAAUGAUUAAAUCAGCAAUCACGAUCUGCAAGGAUGCAAUAGAUAUUGAGAAACAAAAAGGUAAUAAAAAUUCAGUAUCAAUCGUUGGGUUUGUUGGGCCAUAUGGGGCACACCUCAACAAUGGCUGUGAAUAUGCAGGAGGAUUCUAUGCCGACGAUAUGACCAUUAAAGAAUUGGCUGACUGGCAUCGUCCGAAGGUUGAGGCUCUGAUAGAAGGAGGUUGUGACUACUUGUUGUUCGGGACCAUCCCUUCUCCUAAAGAAGCAGAAGCGAUUAUUGAAGUACUCAAGGAACAUCCUGGAUUUAAAGCCAUUUUAUCAUUUUCUGCUCAGAACGAGAAGACCAUUUCCCAUGGAGAGAAAUUGUCAGAGGUGGCUAAGCGGUGUUGGGAAUUGGCAGCUGAUCAGAUUCUCGCCAUCGGGAUCAAUUGUCAGCAUCCACGUUUCUCGGUACCUCUACUGAGCUCAGUCAAAGAGGCCAAUCCGGACAUCCCUCUGUUUGUGAAGCCAAACACAACUGAAAUAUUCAACACGACUACCAAAGAAUGGGAACCUGCAGAUUCGGGAAGAAGCCUGCAAGAAUACUGCAGGGACUGGUUGGAGCUGGGUGUAAAAUAUAUCGGAGGCUGCUGUAGAACUACAGUUGAUGACGUCAGCAGUUUUAGAGAGGAGAUCAGAAAAUUUAAAAUGAAAAAUGAUUGAUGUUUUUGUUGUGAGAAAAGAUUGAGCUAAAUAUAAAUAAUAAUUUUAGGUUGUUUUGCUUGUUCAUAGUUCUGAUUACAUAACAAAGGUUGCAAUAUUUUUUAUGUAAUUUAAUUCAUUUUAGAAAUAGUUAUGUGUUUCAAAGAAUUUGUUGCAAUAAAGGAAUCAAUAUAUUCUGUAUAUUUGAUAAAAUUGUUAUAAAAAUGGACCAAAUGGGUGUAUCUAAAAAUUAUAUUUUUAUUUUAAUAA